CCCUCCGCACUCGCCCCUCGCCGCCUUCGCUCGCCACUUUUAAUGGCGAUGAGUUGUUGACGACUUUCAGUCGUGGCCGGCGUGUUCACGUCUCACUCGGUUCGACACUCUGACCCAGUGGUUUGUUUCGCUUUUCACCAACCCCACCUCACCCACCACCACCACCCCCCACCACCACUCACUACCACCACUCACUACCACUACCCCCAACUAACCACCACCCCCCACUACCACCACCAACUAAUACCACCACUUCCACCACCACCAACUAAUACCACCCACCACUACCACCACCCCCCACCACUACCACCAACUAAUACCACCACUUCCACCACCACCAACUAAUACCACCACCACCCACCACUACCACCAACUAAUACCACCACUUCCACCACCACCAACUAAUACCACCACCCCCCACUACCACCAUCACCAACUAAUAUUAUUACCACCACCACCCCCCCACACUCUUGAGAUGUGGCCGCACCACCACCAUCAUCACCUCCUCCUGCUGCUGCUGCUCCUGCUGCCGUCACUAGCGAACGGCUUCGCGCAGUCCCUGGACGGGGACUUCACCUUCACGCUGCCCGCGGGCCGCACGGAGUGCUUCUACCAGGCGCUCACGACGGGCGCCUCCAUGGAGGUGGAGUACCAGGUGAUUGACGGUGCGGGCAUGGAUGUGGACUUCUCAAUCUCGUCUCCAACGGGACAAGUCCUCUUUGCCGAGUACAGGAAGUCAGAAGGCCUCCAAAGCGUGGAGGCCAAGCAGGACGGAGACUACAUGUUCUGCUUCGACAACAGCUUCAGCCACGUGUCGGAGAAGGUGGUGUUCUUCGAGGUGAUCUUGGACAACAUGGAGGUGGAGAAGGACGACAAGCCAGCGUGGAAGGACUUUGUGGCGGUUGACGAAAUUAUUGACAUGAAGCUGGAGGACUUGCAGGAGACCAUGGACAACAUAAAGACCCGCCUCGGCAAAAGCAUUCAGAUGCAGUCCGUGCUGCGAGUCUACGAGGCCCGCGACCGAAAACUGCAGGAGACCAACUUCGAGAUGGUCAACCUGUGGUCGGGGAUCAGCAUGGCGGUGCUGGUGGUGGUGGCUGGCCUGCAGGUGUACACGCUGCGCAGCCUGUUCAACGACCAACGGCGCGUUCGCACGUAGCGCUUGGUGCCAGCGCUCGCUCGCAUGCACGCACCACGCCUGAGCGUGCACAUAGCGUGUGCGACGCUGGUGCUUCACUGGGGGAGAGGGGGGUGGGAG